AUGGGAAGGCCCUUGCGAUCCGGUACGACCAGCGGUAUCGCCGAGGCGGAAGCGAAGCGCCAUUGGACCUGGAUUCAUCCGGUUUCAAGCGGAAAAAUGUGGAGGAUUGGGGCACAGCAGCGGGAGAAGAGCAGAGUUGGAGCCGUUGGAAAAUUCGACUCGCCUACGACAUCGACGCGUCGAGAUGACGGUGCACUGCAGAUCGAAAUGCCGGAGAGCGUUCGCAGACGGGAUCCGGAUCCGGCUGCCGCAGACGGCCCACUCGAAGUGACCCGUCAGCUGCGUGAUACCGCUCUGCCGAUGGGUUGGCACGCUACAAGCCGCUGUGAAGCUUGCGCAGUCACCCCAUCGAACUUAGACGUGUCUACGCCUAUUGUUUCGCCCUUUGGCUCUACCCCGUCGGGAGCCGCAAUGGGAGAAAAGUUAAUACCGAUGGAGCAUACGCCGGCGGAUAUGGCUUCCGUGCGCGCGCAAGUCAGCAUCAUCGACAGAUUGGCUCACCAGAAGCGAGUCGAAGCGAACGAGAUCGAGUACUUCCAGCUCGACAACUUGGCCUCGUUGUUGCCUCAGCUGGCCCUACUCUCGCACAUCCGCGUACUUGCGCUCCGAUCCAGAGCCACACAGUCUCCCACCCUGGGUUUCGGCGCUUCCGAUGCGAUCUGGAGCCCUAACCUGAGCCAAGCCGAGGACCCCAUUUUCAAUCGAUUGGGCGGCGCUGGGCCUGCCAUUGCAGGGCUGGUGAGACCGAAUCGAGUAGAGAGCAGCAAGACGCUCCGUGAGCGGCUCAUUUCGUCUGUAUCAUACGGCCCUGCACCUGCCUACGAUGGGCACUGCCAAGUGGGUGCGGAGGAACCAGGCGCGCGCGAUGGGAGAAUGAGGCGCUGCUUUGACAAGCAAGAUCCCAUGUCGCAAGACCUCGCGAUGGAUGCGAGCCAACAUCCAUGCCGCCAGCAUAGCCCUGACGCGCCGCUCGCCAUGACUUGCUUUCAAGUGCCAGCGCUGUGCUCGUCAUCGACCGCCGACAAUGACCUGUCGAGUGCCUCGCGCGCAUAUGGACAAAACACAGCUGGUCUACAACACAGCUGUGAGACCCGUCUAGGUCAGCCUAGUGUCCCCGCCGGGUCGUAUCGCAGACACGUUUUGGGAGGGUGCGGCGGAAAGCGUGGGCGUUUUGGUAGCAUCAGCAUCCUGACGCCGCCACUCUGGUUCCUUCCUUCGGGAACGUAUAUGGACCGCCGCCCGGGUUCGAAUCCGCGCUAUCGCUUCCUGCAUCCACGCAUCCGAACGCCUCUUCAUUUCACCUUCCGCCACCUGCACAGCACGCUAAAAGGAGGCUUCAAUAAGCCCGACCCUAAAGUAGUCGGCCCCCUUCCGAACCGCUCACCAGUCGCUCCAUCCGCCUGUCACCCGCACCUCGAAGGCCCACAUCACGCACUCUUCAAGCCACGUAUCAUCGCCCGUGGCCGAGUAACCACCCCCUGCGUCUGCUGCAGUCGACACAUCUCUCUCAAACCCAUCAGUGAGGUCUUGGUUGCCAUCCCUGUCCAUCCUGACUCGCCUGCCGACCAAAUCAGCGAGCGACCCAUCUCCUCGCACGACUCCAUUCUCCAUCGCCUUGCCACUCGAAUGUCUUCAUCAGCAGCCAUGCUGGCCGCACAGCCCACUCCCACCCGCGCCAUGUGCAUCCCAGCUCCAUCAUCCAGCCUCAAGCCUGCUUUGACCAUCAAGGCAUCUCAGCUUGCCAAGGCCCAUCACCGCGUUCAAGUUCCAAGGAUCAUCAUCACGCCGCCCGAUGAGCCCGCACGCUUCUCGAGUGCACUCCCCGAACAGACAUACGAAAAAUCGGUCCUAUUCGUUCCCGUCAAGACCGAAGAAUUGGGCUGGGAUGAGCACGGCUUGUACUGGAACGGCACCUACGCCUAUCCCGUCCAUCAGAUCUAUGACAAGGAAGGCUCCCCCAUUGGGCGCCGACGCAAAGGUCCGCAGGGCUACCGCUUCGAGGAAUACUACGGCAACAAGAAGCCGCGACGACCCUCGACGAGCUCGCAUACGGAUGACACCGUCGAGGAAGCUAGCGUGCGCCUCGAAGAACCCGCGCCCGCCCGCAUCCAGGGCUACAACAGGGCAAGCACCUCCGGACAGGAUGAGCAAGAGCACAGUGAAAAGCCCGCCGAAUGCGACGAGGAGGAAGCUGCCUCCUCUCCUCCCAGCCCGACACUCUCAGUCGUCUCGGAUUUGACCGAGACUGAAGACUCGAGCUCCGUGUGUGACGACUCGAGCUCUCUCUGGUCACGCAGCGGCGGUGCGUCGGAUGAUGCCGAAAGCGAGUGCACCUCGCCAGGUAUCAUGUCACCGCCCAUGGACGGGGACGAAGACGAGCUCAGUGCCGACGCUCUGAGCAGCAAGCUAUCGGACCUCGCUCCCACCGAGCGUAUCAGCAAGACGACGUGGACAUCGUUGGGCACGCUGCCGUCGUCGACUGUAUCGCCAUCGCGUUCCUCCUCUCUACCCGUGCCUGAGUCGAGCUCGCGCAACAGGCUCGACCUUUCCAAUGAGCAUCGCUCCAGCUCGACGAUGAUCGUCAGCUCGCCCGCAGAGCAGCGUCGACACAGCACGCCUUCGGCAUACUCGUCCAUCAUCCAGGACCUCGUCACAUCGCCCUUUGCCAACCAGUCGGCUUCGCCAUUGCGCUCGGCAACGCUACCUCGCUCUAGAUCGCGAUCCGGCCACGCCGCUUCCAAGCCCAGCUCGGUUCUUCGGCCACCACCGCCAUCAUCAUGGACAUCGUCAGGCGCCACACGCUCAAGCUCGGCAACGCGCUCUUCCAGACGCAGUUUCCCCUCGGCGCCCGAGUCCGACUUUGACGCAGGCUGGAACUUCGAGGCGCAAGGUGCAUCGCUGUCGCACCACUGGGAUCACUCGUUCGCAAACCACUACUAG